UCAGAAAAGACGGAAACGGCCUCCGUUGCUGCUUUCUACCAUAGAUCUUAAAACAGACAGAGCACAGGGAGAACAAAGGGGGGACCAAAUCAUUUAAGACGCCUGAUGUGGGCAAUUGAAUUUUUCAACUCCAAAUGGGCACAGAUGCGUUCUCUUGUUUACGUGUCACUUAAGAAUUUAACCCGACAGGCGAGCUUCCUUUGAGUGUCCGUGUAUGGAGACGGUUUAGGCAUGCGAGGAAGGGAUGCCCGGCACGCAGUUCUGACAUGCCGCCGACCCAAAUUGACCGAGACGCGGACCGAGCGGAACGUUCUGUUCUGCGGCAGACACGUCGCCAGCCAGACGCAGGUAUUCUCGGCUCAAUAUUAAUUUCAGUCCAAACGUUAGUUCGUGCUAGCUGUCUUCUACUGUACAUGACGACUUAGACGCGUGACGCCGACAUGAUUUGCAAUUUGGUUCGAGUGAUCGCAGGCUGAAACUCCUCAUUUGUGCAUGCCUCGCAAUGAUCCAUGAACGGACUCGCCGCCAUUUACGCAUCAAGCGACUGUUUGUGUAAACACUGGCAACAGUUGGGCCGACGCGAUUAGGAGCAAAUGCUCGGGAGCAACAGUUGGACUGAAAGCCAUAAAAGACAAAGUGCUCAAGUGCCACGUGACAAUCCUUCUCAACAAGAAUCCUGUGCUUCGGCUGUCGUCGUGUCUCUCGGAGACACUUUGUCGUUCGGUGGGAAGACAGUUCAAGUGAUUCGGGAGUAUCAGGCAGUCCGUUCCUUUAUUGUUCAUCCAAACUCGAAAGAGUUUCUCAACAGAAGUCUGAGAAUGAGUGCAGGCACUGCAACUGUAACUUAUUAUCGAUUGUAGCCGAAACUGAGCGCUUGACCUACGUGAGGGGCUCAACACAAAUCUCUCCUGAGAGGAGAAGGCUGCAGGGAGCCACAGACCCAGAGAGAGCGAGACAAAGGGGCUUUCCCUUUCUCUCUCUCGUCCCGUCUCGUCAGGCUGGCUGGCACUGCCAUGGCGUUCACCUUCGCGGCCUUCUGCUACAUGCUCACCUUGGUGCUGUGCGCCGCCCUCAUCUUCUUUGUCAUCUGGCAGAUUAUUGCGUUUGAUGAACUGCGCACAGACUUCAAAAACCCCAUCGACCAAAGCAAUCCCACCAGAGCGAGGGAAAGGAUUCUCAAUAUCGAGCGGAUCUGCAACCUUCUCCGCAGAUUGGUGGUACCCGAGUAUUCCAUCCAUGGGCUCUUUUGCCUAAUGUUCAUGUGUGCUGGCGAGUGGGUGACGCUUGGCCUAAAUAUCCCGCUUCUCUUCUACCACCUGUGGAGGUUUUUCCAUCGACCGGCCGAUGGGUCAGAGGUCAUGUACGAUCCUGUAAGUGUGAUGAACGCUGACAUCCUCAACUACUGCCAGAAGGAGUCGUGGUGUAAGCUGGGCUUCUAUCUGCUCUCUUUCUUCUAUUAUCUCUACAGCAUGGUCUACGCCCUGGUGAGCUUCUAACAGAUUCUCAUGCCGAGAUCGACACAGAAUCACAUCGACAAGGAAAGAACGACGACAUCAGCUCGUCCUGCCCAUGUAACCUUUCCACCAGUGAUUUGGCUUUCCCACAAUGCCACCUUGGAAGAUGAAACUGAAAAAAACAACAACAACAACAAUCUGAGUGCCAUUGUGAAUGUAAAGCUGUUGCGUCCGAUCCAUUUUUAUCGCUUUCUUACAAACACCGCAGUGAGACGGAUGGACAAAGGUAUGAACGGAGGACGGAAGUGAAGCUGAUGGUGGAAAAGGUGUUUGUGUUGCCUUUUACGCCUCGUUACAAAUCUUGACAAGGACUCUGAAGGGCUGGAGUAAUCCCACGCUGCUCUUAACUGAUCCAGUCUCUUUAUUCACUGUGACUCCCCAAACAUUCAACAUGGGCUGGAACACAAAUAAUUUGUCUGUCGUCUCUUUGGUCUUUUUCUGUACUUUGAUAGACACAUCUAAUAUUCAACCAUUGUUUUUCUGCUGUGUUGUGGGUGCACUUAAUUGGAAAAUGGAGAAGAACAAAAAAAAAAAAAAAAAAAAAAAAAUCACUGUAGAAAUGCAGGCAGGGACGUAACAGAUUGGUGCGUGCACAGCCACUUUCAAUCACGAUGGAGGUAAAGCUUUGGCCUUCAGGGUCAUCGAGGUCAUACUCACACUGUAAAAAUAACAAUUCGAACAUUUCAAUUUCCCCGCCACAGAUUCAACGCCAAAAAAAUUGUAUAUGAAAAACGUGGAUUCGGUGAAAAGCAAUGAAGACGCUUGCGAAAUACUCUCCAUUCUCACUUCAAUGCGAAGGCGACAUGCUGUGUCUCGGUUUUCACUUUCUUCAAGAAAUACCGACUCUUGGUCCAAUGCUUUUCUUAAAAAGAUGAACAAAGCAAACUUAACAAAAUAAAAAUAAAGAAAAACAACAUUUUUUGUAGUGUACAGAAACUGCCUUAUUUCCAGUUAAGUUUACGUAUUAGCAUCAAUGCUAGCUGUUUUAGCACAGUGUCAUUUCAUGUAUGACAAGCAAUUAAAAAGUAACUAGCAAUGUAAAAGGUUUGACGACAGUGUUAAUGUGUGUGUAACAAUUGAGCGGGACACGAGUGACAGCGACUCAGUGACGAUGAUGAUUUUCGAUACGUAACGAGUCAGUUCGCUCAUUUCGAUAACACAGUCAGAAACACGAAGUCAUUGCUGCUUGAUGGCCAAGCCUUUGCUCGUCUGCUCUUGCUCUCACGUGUUCAUUAGUCGGACUUAUUUGUCGAUAAGUGACGAUUCCAUUGUGAUUUGAACAGCAGUAGGAAUUUCUGAAAUUUAGGAGCCUGGUAAAAAUGUGUAAUUAAUUAAUAAGUGUUGAUAACAUGUCUGGUGUUGCUACUUAGGAAAACGUGUCAUGAGUACUGCAGCCUGUGGAAAAUAUUGGGAACAUUUAUCAAAAUCACAGUAAACAUUCACACCACAAUGUUAAACAUAUAUUUUGUGUAAAAGUGUUUGAAAACCACAUUUUGAAUGGACAGCAAUACUAGGAUUAAAGCCUAAAACUGGAAUAAAUUAAGUCAUUUGCAAAUAAUCCAGAUAAACAUCGGCUAUGUUACCAUCUACAACAAUCAUUUGAUUUACUGAUUUUAUUCUUAUUGACUCCACAUUUCCAUUACGAUGUUUUAGAUGCUUUGGAGAUUAUAUUUAAAAAAAAAUUUUUUUUAAAUAAUUUAGUUGACAUAUUACAGAACGUAGUCCAAGAAUGCAGACAGAAUGUUCUUGUUGAUGUACGGUAUACUGCAAAUGUUUUUGUUGUUCAUACUAAUCUCAUACUAUGAGCUAAUAUACAGUAAAACUGAUAAUAAACAAAGAGCCAUACGAGCUGUACAAAAUGCUUGUAAAAUCUAUGCGGGUUAAAGUGAAAUGAAGGUGUUUACAAUACAGUAAUGAGACAAGAAGCAUUUUCAUAUAUAACAUACUUGAUGACAUAUAUUGUUUACAUGUGUUGUUCUGACAUCCUCUUUCGGUGUCAUGAUUGCAAUAAUAUUUCUGUGUCGCCGCUGCUCAUCCAGUGAGAGAAUAGCGCUAACUUGAGAAAUGAAAAUCUUUUCAGCUGGAAACCUUCCAUGGGAAUAACAAUAAGUUCAUUAAAUCGAAUGAAGUGAAUUAAAUAAUGACACAAGGAAAGGAAUACAUAUACAUCACAAAAAUUUCUAAAGGAAUAGAAAGAAACUAGAAACCAGAAAGGAAAAUAAAACA